GCCGGCCGGCCUCUAUAAAGCACACUGCACGCGCUCACCACCUCCUGGUACUUGGCAAUCCUCUCCACCUAGCUCAGCAUCCGACGACGGGACUUGCACGAUGGAUGCUGCUCUUAUGCCUCUGCUCGUCGUCUCCCUCGUCCUCUGCCUGCUGGCGGCUGCCCCAGCGGCGUCCGCGGCGCGGGCCUUCUUCGUCUUCGGCGACUCCCUCGUCGACAACGGCAACAACAACUACCUGCUGACCACGGCGCGCGCCGACGCGCCCCCCUACGGCAUCGACUUCCCCACGCACCAAGCCACGGGCCGCUUCUCCAACGGGCUCAACAUCCCCGACAUCAUCAGCGAGCACCUCGGGGCCGAACCUGCGCUGCCGUACCUGAGCCCCGAGCUCCGAGGGGAGAAGCUGCUCGUCGGCGCCAACUUCGCGUCGGCCGGCGUCGGGAUCCUCAACGACACAGGAAUACAAUUUGUGAACAUCAUCAGGAUCGGCGACCAGCUGCAGUACUUCCGGGAGUACCAGCGGAAGCUGCGAGCCCUCGUCGGCGAGCCGCAGGCGACGCAGCUCGUGAACCAGGCCCUCGUGCUCAUCACGCUCGGCGGCAACGACUUCGUGAACAACUACUACCUGGUGCCCAUGUCCGUGCGGUCGCGCCAGUACGCACUCCCGGACUACGUCCGCUUCAUCGUCUCCGAGUACAGGAAGAUCCUCUCGAGGCUGUACGAGCUGGGCGCGCGGCGCGUGAUCGUGACGGGGACGGGGCCGCUGGGGUGCGUCCCGGCCGAGCUGGCGCUGCACAGCCAGAACGGCGAGUGCGCGGCGGAGCUGACGCGCGCCGUGAACCUCUUCAACCCGCAGAUGGUGGACAUGGUGCGCGGCCUCAACCGCGCCAUCGGCGCCGACGUCUUCGUCACCGCCAACACCUACCGCAUGAACUUCGACUACCUCGCAAACCCGCAGGACUUCGGGUUCACGAACGUGCAGGUGGCGUGCUGCGGCCAGGGCCCGUACAACGGGAUCGGGCUGUGCACGGCGGCGUCGAACGUGUGCGACAACCGCGACGUGUUCGCGUUCUGGGACGCGUUCCACCCCACGGAGAGGGCAAACCGCAUCAUCGUCGCCCAGUUCAUGCACGGCGACACGGACUACAUGCACCCCAUGAACCUCAGCACCAUCCUCGCCAUGGACCAGGAGGGCCUCUAGACUAUAGCUUGAUCAGCCGGACACGAUUAUACGUACAUGCGUGAUGUGUCUCACGUGCCUAGCACGUUAGCCAUGUGUUGGAUGAUGGCAGCCCAAUUUGCCAAUAAUAUUCGUGCCUCGAUCCAAGUUUCACUAAUGUGUCACUCACGCCUUAAAAAGAAUUAGUGACUGGCUAUGGUUAAUCGAUCCGUGUUAUA